GGCGACUGCGCGCUCGUGCUGGACCGCACGAUCGCGUACCCCGCGGGGGGAGGGCAGCCGUCGGACACCGGCCGCGUCGUCCUCGGCGACGGACGCGCGACGUUCGCGGUCCGCGCGGUGGAGAUCUCGAAGGAGGGCGUCGUGCGGCACCUCGGCCGCGUGGAGGGCGCGGACGACGACGAACUCUCGGCGUCGGAAGCUUCCGUCGCCUCCGUCUUCGAGCCCGGCGCGGACGUCGUCGUGCACGUGGACGUCGACCGCCGCGUCCUCCACGCGCGCGUGCACUCCGCGGGGCACCUCCUCGACGUCGCGAUGAGCGAGAUCGGGCUCGGCCCGGAGUCGGGGCUCGUCCCGGCGAAAGGGCAACAUCAUGUCGACGGCGCGUACGUGGAGUACUCGGGCAAAAUAGACGGUCUGGACAAAGAGAAGCUCGCGCGCGACCUCGCGGCGAAGAUGACGGAACUCGUGGAGAGAGGCGGCGCCACGAGCGCGGAGACGAUGCCGUACGACGACGCCGCGGCCGCGUGCGGCGGGUCGCUGCCGGCGUACGUCGCGAAGGACUCGACGCCGCGCGUCGUGCGCGUGCCGGCGGCGGCGGCGGGGUGCCCGUGCGGGGGGACGCACGUGAAGGACGUGAGAGAGAUCGGGGACGUGGAGAUCGUGGGCGUGCGCGUGAAGAAGGGGACGACGCGGGUGUCGUACACGAUC